AUGGCAAAGGAAUUCAAUUUUGAGAAAGACCUUCUUCUGCAAGUGUACUAUGAAGAUGUAGAAAAACCACAAGUAAUUUUAGAGAAAGGAGAUGAGAAUUCUAAAGGAAUGUUUUCUAAAGAUAUUAUGAUGAUAAAUGUGUUUCCAGAACUUCCGCAAGUAAAACAAUCUGCCGCUAAUGACUAUAUUUUUGUUAUUGAUUGCUCAGGAAGCAUGAGUGGAGAGAAAAUUGAAGCAGCAAAAGAUACCUUGUUACUUUUCUUAAAAGGUUUACCUUUGGGUUGCUCAUUUAAUGCUAUCAGCUUCAAUAAUGAUUUUGAAUUUCUGUUCAAAGAAGGAAGCCAAGAAUAUAGUGAAGAUUCUCUGAAUGAAGCAUUGAAAUUCCAGAAAAAUCUAUAUGCUUCAGGAGGAACAGAAAUUCUUAGUGCACUGAAAUCACUCUCUGACAAAAAACCAUUUCAAAAUUUCCAUCGACAAGUAUUCUUAAUAACUGAUGGUGAAGUCUACAGCACAAACGAUGUCAUUCAAUUGGUCAAGUCACAAGUAAACAACACACGAUACUUCACAAUUGGUAUUGGUUCUGGAGCUUCUACAGAAUUGGUCAAAGGUAUUGCCCGCGCAGGGAAGGGACAAGCAGAGUUUGUGAUGACAAACGACAACCUUAAGGCAAAAGUUAUGCGUUUAUUAAAAUUGUCAAUGCAACCAUUUGUAUCUUCGGUUUGUCUCUCUGCUAAACAUGGUGAAAACAAUAAAGAAUUAUCCUUUAUUUCAGUUCCAGAAAGGCUGCCAUGUAUUUUCAGUGAAGAAAAUUUAAUCCUUUAUCUAGUUUUGCAUGAAGCUGAGACUAGUUGCAAAAAUGUGAAAUUGAAUCUUUGUGGUAAAAUUGGUGAAUCAGACUUUUCACUUGAUUUUGAAGCAAGGUUGUUGGGACAGAAUAAUAAGGAAAUGACAAUACACCGUCUUUGUGUGAAAAGGAAAAUACAGGAAUUGGAAUUAAAUGAAGAUUUGGGUAAAGGUGAUGAAAUAAAAUCAGAGAUUAUCGAUUUGGGUACAAUGGCUAAUUUAGUUUCAAAGUACACAAGUUUUGUUGCUUUGGAUGAACAUGUUCCAGUUGCUAUUCAAACAGUCUCUAGGGCAUUUACACCUAAAGCCAGGCGUUCUCGUAGUAAGAAUGUUCCUGCAAUAGUAAGAAUGUUCCGUAAGUUUUACAACAGAGUUUUACAACACUCUAUGCCAAUGCCAGUACGUCCGAGAGAAGAUAUAGCUGGAAUGUAUGCUUCCAUAAAUAAUUCCUUAAGUAUAAAUGCUGAGAAUUCAAGACAGUCACCUCACUCAGACUUAACCUCUUCAAAGGGAACAAUUAAGGACAUUUUAACAGGUUUGGUUGAUCUACAAGCUUUCUCUGUUUUCUGGAAUCUAGAUGAUCAAUUGGCUCAAGCUCUCAAUAUUUCUCUUAAGGAUCUGAACGAUGAGAAUCCAUCUGUUAGUGAUAAAGUAUGGGCUACAGCUCUUGUUGUUGCUGUACUAAGAGAAAAAUUAGCUUCCCAGCACUGUGAAUGGGAAUUUAUUGAAAAGAAAGCAAUUGUGUGGCUGGAAUCUCAGAAUAUACAACCACUGUAUUCAGAGAAGUUACUAGAAAAAGCUACAAACUUCAUAAAAAACAAAAUGGUUGCCUAA